AGUCUCCUUCUGGCGUCUCGUGUCUGUGGACGAGCAACAUUUUCCGCAUAAACAAUUUUUGUGGUGAGCAAAAAAGUCGCGAGUGCUGGACACUACGGUACGGGGAGUGUGGGAGUUGACUGUGUGGGAGCAAUUUUGAAUGAGAUCUCUUUCUGCCUGGAAUAUAAAAUUAUAGCGCGGCUAUAGGAGAAGGGGUGUGAGUGUGGCGGAAAAGCUCCCGCAAAGCUCGUGAGAGGAGACAGAGAUAGUGUGAGGAAAAAUGGUGAAAAGUUGUUCAGUGCAAGUGCUAGUGGUGGGCUUCAUUGUCACUGUGGCGUUAAGAGGAAGUGGCGUCCGCGGUGAAUGUCCCAACAGAUGCAGCUGCAUCCAGCAAACGGUUCGGUGCACCAGACUUGAGCUUCAGGACAUUCCCGAUGUGCCACCAGACACAAAUAUCAUAGAUCUUCGCUACAAUCGCAUUCGGGAAAUCCCAUCGAGGGCUUUCUACGGGAAGACGCGUCUACAUACGAUUUUCCUGAAUGAGAAUCAAGUGUUGAGCAUUGAAGCAACUGCCUUCGAUGGCUUACCAUCCCUCAAGUAUCUCUAUCUCAACAACAAUCGCAUUUCGCAUGUUGCACCGAAUGCUUUCAAGGAUUUGGAUAAACUGCAGAGUCUAUUCUUGUACAAUAAUCGCCUGACAACAAUCCCAGAGGGAAUUCUCAAUGGCAUGCGGAAUCUCCGGAGGCUACGGCUCGAUGGCAAUGCCCUGGAGUGUGACUGUCGCCUCCUGUGGCUUCUACGGCUCCUGGGAGAUCCAAAGACAAGCUUCCAAGUGGCUGCUACAUGUUCCUCACCAUCCUCUGUGGCAGGAAAAAAUAUCUACGUCCUCAAGGAAACUGAUCUCAAUUGCUCAAAACCAAAAAUAAUUCCACCACCGAAGAACAUAAAAGUCCACAUGGGUGAAUCUGUGUGGAUACCAUGUGAAGCAUCAGGAUCACCACGUCCUGAUAUUGUGUGGAUGAAGAAUUUCAAUGAGGUGGACAAGGCAAAUCCACGUUUUCAUGUGAUGCCCAAUGGUACCAUUGAGAUCUCCAAUACAACACACGAAGACUUUGGAUCGUACGAAUGCAUUGCCAGGAAUAUUAUGGGUGAAAUACAUUCAAAUGCCAUACAACUGGAUCCAAUGGAAGAACGAGUGAAGCUGCAGUUCAUCCAGGAGCCCCAGAGCAGCAUCUUUGUUGACUCACCAGCUCCUAUUGUCCUCCACUGCCUUGCUACAGGCGAUCUGGAUGUUGUUUGGUCAUUCAAUGGGAGUCCAUUGCAAUUGUCUGAGCAUCGGCGUGUCCACCCCAAUGGUACACUCACCAUCAACCCCACCUCCGCAGCUGAUACCGGAACAUACAAAUGCGAUGUCAGCAACAAAUACGAAACCAUUUCCUCCAGUGCAGAAGUCAUGGUUGAUGCAAAAAUAGGAGAGACACCCCAUUCUGUCAUUCCGAGAUUUGUAGUCACACCGGAAAAUCGAACAGCCAAAGUGGGUGAGGAAGUCACGCUAGAUUGCGAAGCAGAAGGAGAUCCCAGUCCAACGGUCGCAUGGGAACGAGACGAUGGUCAGCAAAUUGUAUUCACACCCCGGAUUUAUCUCACGGGGAAUCAGUUGCACAUAAAAGAUGCUAAAGAAUCCGAUUCAGGUCUUUACAUUUGCAUAGCGGAAAAUGCUGUGGGAUCCGCCGAAACGGUGGCUUCGGUGGAAAUUCAGAGCCACGCCAAUCCACCCCAUCUCAUUAUUGAACCAUACGACUUGGAAGCACUCCAAGGUGCCACCAUUGAAUUACCCUGCAUGGGGGAUGGUGACCCACCGCCACAGGUCAAGUGGAAGAAAGACGGAAGGACGAUUAUAUCGACAGAUCGGUUCAGGAUAGCUGCCUCUGGUAGUCUCCACGUUACCAAUGUCACAACCCUCGAUUCCGGGCGCUACGAAUGUUCCAUCACAAAUGAAUUUGGCAGAGCAACAGGUCAAGGGCUGCUAAUUGUGAGAAAAUCCGAUGAGGUGGCUCCUGGGGAGAAAUUUGUGAGGAUGGCCUUUGCAGAGGCAUCCAAGGAAAUUGAUGCAGCCAUUAAUCAAACAGUGGCGUCCCUCUUUACGCCUACAGCGCCAAACACGCAUGACUAUGCGGAGAAAUUCCGAAUCUUCCGUUUCCCCAAUGAACCAGCACGGGAAUUAGCCAGAGCAGCGGAAGUCUAUGAGAGAACUCUCGUUAAUAUUCGUCGGCACAUUGAUAGUGGUCACACAAUGAUGGCUAAUAAGACGGACUUCAACUACACGGAAAUUCUCUCUCCGGAACACUUGGAGCUCAUUGCAAGCCUUUCGGGAUGCAUGGCUCAUCGACAGAAGCCCAAUUGUACUGAUAUGUGCUUCCAUGGGAAGUACCGAACUGUUGAUGGGACGUGCAAUAAUUUGGGGAAUCCAACCUGGGGUGCUUCCUUGACGGGAUUCCGAAGGAUUCUGCCUCCGGUGUAUGAGAAUGAAUUUAGUAUGCCCGUAGGAUGGACAAAAGGACGUCUCUACAAUGGAUUCCAACUCCCAAGUGCACGUCUCGUGUCAAGUCGAAUGAUUGCCACGGAAGAGAUAACUCCGGAUAGUCGAAUCACGCACAUGGUGAUGCAAUGGGGUCAAUUCCUCGAUCACGAUCUUGAUCAUGCUAUUCCAUCGGUUAGCUCCGAAAGCUGGGAUGGUGUGGAUUGCAAGAAAACGUGUGACUAUGCAGCUCCUUGCUAUCCCAUUGAAGUACCUCCAAACGAUGUGAGGGUGAACAAUAGACGAUGCUUGGACUUUGUUCGAUCCAGUGCAAUCUGUGGUUCUGGUCAAACAUCAAUUCUCUUUGGGCAGGUGCAACCACGAGAGCAAAUCAAUCAGCUCACAUCCUACCUCGAUGCUUCCCAAGUUUAUGGGUAUUCCAAGCAAUUUGCCAAUGAUUUGCGCAAUUUAACAGCAGAUGAGGGUAGAUUGAGAAUUGGGCUGCAUUUCCCGGGGCAGAAACCUCUGCUUCCCUUUGCCUCCCCAACGGAUGGGAUUGAUUGCCGGCGGGAGAUUGGUGAGAGCAAUGUUAAUUGCUUCACAGCCGGUGAUAUUCGUGUCAAUGAGCAGGUUGGACUCCUGGCAAUGCAUACAAUUUGGUUCCGGGAGCACAAUCGCAUUGCCGACACUCUACGGUUGUACAAUCCACACUGGGAUGGGGAGACACUCUACCAUGAAGCAAGGAAGAUUGUUGGGGCUCAGAUGCAGCACAUUACAUACUCCAAGUGGCUCCCAUUGAUCCUCGGUGAGGAAGGAAUGAAGAUGCUGGGAGAAUAUCGUGGCUACAAUCCAACGGUUAAUCCAUCGAUCUCCAAUGAGUUUGCCACAGCAGCCCUGCGUUUUGGGCAUAGUCUCAUCAAUCCAAUUCUCCAUCGGUACGAUGCAAAUUACAAGGAGAUCCCUCAGGGGCAUUUGCCUCUUCAUCGGGCAUUCUUUGCACCCUGGCGGCUUGUCUACGAGGGUGGUGUUGAUCCUCUAAUGCGGGGCUUGUUCCUUACACCUGCUAAGCUGAAGAAACCCCUUGAGAAUCUCAAUACUGAACUCACGGAAAAGCUCUUCCAUUCUGCACAUGCAGUUGCCCUCGAUCUGGCUGCCAUCAACAUUCAGCGAUCACGAGAUCAUGCCAUACCCUCGUACAAUGACUACCGCCGCAUGUGCAAUCUCACCGUUGCAAAAACCUUCGAUGAUUUCACUGAAAUCUCCAAUAAGCAGGUGCGGAAGCGACUGCAAGACAUCUACGGGCAUCCCAAUAAUGUCGACAUCUGGGUUGGGGGAAUUCUGGAGGACCAAGUGGAUGGAGGGAAAGUUGGUCCACUCUUCCGUUGCCUCCUUGUGGAACAAUUCCAACGUCUUCGCGAUGGUGAUAGGUUUUGGUAUGAAAACCCAUCAAUCUUCAAACCUGAUCAACUUGUGCAGAUCAAGCAAUCCUCCCUGGCACGCGUCCUGUGCGACAAUGGGGAUAAUAUUACAGAAAUCAGCGAAGAUGUCUUUAUGCUGUCUCACUUGCAGGAUGGAUUGAGAGCAUGUGAAAAGCUCCCAGAGAUGGAUUUGCGUUUCUGGAUGGAUUGUAGUGGGUGCACACCACGUCCCCACCAGGGAGGUGAACUGAUUCGACGUCGAAGAUCCCUCAAUGCCACCUUCGUGGAGAAGGAGCACGAAGAGGAUGACAGCAACUGGGUGGAUAUGAAUGAGGAGCGCAUUGAGGGGCUUGAGACAACGCUGGAAUCCUUCCAGAAGACCUUGAAGCAGAUGCGGAGGAAAUUGAAAAAGUUGGAGGCAUCAUGCCAAGCUGGUAGUGGGAAAAUACAGAAACCACAUGGGCACUGUACCGACUGGAGUGGAAUACGGCGUCUCAACAAUGAGGUCUGGAAGGAAGAUCCGUGCACGCAGUGUGAGUGCAAACAUCGAGAAGUUCACUGUGUGCGUGAUAAGUGUCCAGAGGUUGAGAAAUGCCCUGAUGGUGCUAUACCCACGAAAUCACCCACCAGCUGCUGCCCAACGUGCCCACCAGCUGCAACCCCAUCGACUUCACCAGCACCUCCCACAUCGACAUCCGUUCCUGCGGCAUAAGCUGUCGGAUAAACUCUUUUGGACAUCCUGCACCGCAAGGAGGUGGAGAUUUCCAACUGCCUCCGCAACCUAUGAAUUGAACCAUCUCCUUGUUGAACUACAUGAUACAUUUAAAAAAAAUCUCAUUCUUCGGAGGAAAAAUUGUUCAUUUUUUAUGGAAUUUUAUGAGCAACACGAAAGCAAAAACGAUGUUAAUUCCCCUCUAGAUAGUGGAUUAAACACACUGAAAAUACUUACCUACCCUCUACCAUUCAUUAUAUAUUCAUAAAUAGGCAUUUAUAAUAGAAAUUUAAUUAUAAUCAUUAUAUAGAGAAAAAAAGAUGAAAUCAAAGAAUUAUUAUAUAGCGAGAUAAAUCUCAAAGAGUAAAAGAAAAUGUGAAAAAAAUAUAUAAAGUAAAACAGCGUGGGAGUAAUGGUAAGAAUUUCGAAUGUAUUUUAAUUGUUUUAUAAACAAGAAUAUUUCCGUGUAUUUGAGGAGUAAAUUAAAUAAAUCGAAAAAUUGCCACACCUUUAAGCAAUCACUCAA